CACGCCGCCAUCUUAGACCGGGAGGCAGCGGCGCGGCCGCGGGCGGGGGGCUCGGGGCAGGGGGCUCGGGGCCGGAGCCAGGGCCGCCGCCGCUCGCCGCGCCGCAGGAGGCCCGGCCCCCGGCCCGCCGCACCAUGAGCGCCGCCGCCGGCCUGCAGCCCCUGCUGGAGACGCUGGAGGACCCGGCUGCCCCGCCGGGGGAGCUGACAGACGCGCACCUCGCCAUCGUCAGUCGCUUGACUGGUGAGGAAGGCAAAGAAUUCACGGCUGAUGUCGGAAGACACUUCCCUCAGCUUUGCAAAGUGUUCAAGGACCACAUUUCUAGCGCAAAUUUAGAGCUAAGUAACGCAGCGUUGCAGGCCUUAGGAUUCUGCGUUUUUAACUCAAAGAUCACAUCUGAGUUACCAGCAACUGAAGUACACGACUUGCUUUCAACGGUGAACAGCAUUGCUAUAAAAACUCCAGACAAAAACACUCGCACUCGAGCACUUUGGGUGAUUUCUAAGCAGAUGUUUCCUUCUGAAAUUGUUAAAAAGGAGGUGUCCAAUAUUAUUUCUACACUGGAAACAAUACUUACUAAAGGAGAAGCCCAGUCUAUGGUCGUUGAAUAUGAAGCACUGAAUGUUGUUAUACGCUUAAUGGAGCAAACCCCAACCCAGAUGGGAGAAGAGGCUGUGAGGUGGGCAAAGCUGAUCAUUCCUCUGGUCGUCCAUUCGGCUCAUAAAGUGCAGCUCCGAGGUGCCACUGCGCUGGAGAUGGGCAUGCCCCUGCUGCUGCAGAAACAGCCGGAGGUGGCAGCUGUCACUGAACACCUAAUGACCACAAAAUUAAUUUCAGAACUUCAAAAACUGUUUUCUACAAAAAAUGAGACUUACGUCUUAAAACUAUGGCCACUGUUUGUCAAAUUACUUGGAAAGACUCUGCAUCGUAGUGGCAGUUUCAUCAAUUCGUUGCUGCAGCUGGAGGAACUUGGAUUCCGUAGUGGCUCACCGGUAGUAAAGAAAAUAGCCUUCAUUGCAUGGAAGAGUCUAAUAGAUAAUUUUGCUUUAAAUCCAGAUAUAUUGUGCAGUGCUAAAAGGCUGAAAUUGUUAAUGCAGCCCCUGAGCUCAAUCCAUGUGAGAACAGAGGCUUUAGCACUGACGAAACUGGAGGUCUGGUGGUAUUUGCUCAUGAGGCUGGGACCUCAGCUGCCUGCAAACUUUGAACAGGUUUGUGUACCGCUAAUCCAGAGUACUCUCAGUCUAGAUUCUUCUGCUGCGUUGCCAGGAACUCCCUUGCGUGCACCAACCAACCAAAAUCUGGGUUUGGCAAACCCUACACAGAAAUCAGGUUCUUAUCCAUUUGCAAGUCCGGCCACACCAAGAAUGAACUUGAAUUCUAGUACUGCAGGAGUGGUGGUGAUUCCUUCUAUCCAGCUUCUGGGAAUUGAAAUGCUGCUUCACUUCUUGAUGGGACCAGAAGUUUUGGAUUUUGCGAAGCAAAACAAACUUGUACUUAGUUUAGAGCCUCUCCAGCACCCACUCAUCAGCAGCUCAUCUUUUUUUUGUAAGCAUGCCGCCACACUUAUAAAUGCAGUUCAGGAUGGAUUUAUUGCAAUUGGAAAAGAAGUUCCGGAUUCUAUGCUGAAUAUUAUAUGGAAGGAUAUAAAUGGAUAUGUAAAAACAGCUAUUGAAUCAGGUAAUAAGAAAGAAAAGCAGGGGUCAGAAGUACUGACUAUGCUACUCCAGGCCCUAAAAAACACUGUUAGAUCAAAUUCUCUUCCUGUGCAGAAAAUACUGUCUCUCAUUGAUAUUACUGUUAAGGAAUUACCUCCCAAAGUAUUAGGAUCACCAGCUUAUCAGGUUGCUGAUAUGGAUCUUUUAAAUGGAACGCCAGCUUUGUUCUUAAUUCAGCUGCCUUUCCAUGAUAACCUCUUGGAGUGGUGUGUAACAGAUGAAAGGUUCUUUGUAAUCCUAGAAACUCUCGUGGGUUACGUUUUAUCUGGGCCUACAUCUCCACUGGCUUUCAGUGAAUCUGUGUUAUGCAUUAUUAACAAGAAUGCAAAGCUGGUGGAAAACAAGGAACAUAUUUGGAGAAUGUGGAGUAUUGUUGUUAACCCCCUAACCGAAUGGAUUAAUCGGACUAAUGAAGUAAAUCAGGGUGAUGCACUGGAACACAAUUUCAAUGCUGUUUAUAGUGCACUGUUGCUACCAGUAGCCCUUAUCUUCCCUGUUCAGGAAUUUCCACAGCCAACUAUGAAAUCCUUGCUGCGCACUUGGUCUGACCUGUAUAGAGCAUUUGCUCGCUGUGCUGCUUUAGUUGCAACAGCAGAAGAAAACCUAUGCUGUGAAGAACUUUGUGCCAAAAUAAUAUCUGGGCUAGAAGGUGAAACUCCAGUAGUGUCUUCAAUGAUGGAUGGUCUCAUCCAUAUCAUAUCCGUUAUGGUUGACUGCAUCAACUUUGCACCCUAUGGUAUUAAAUAUCAGCCAAAAAAUAGAUCUCCACAGACACCUACAGAUUGGUCUAAGAAGAAAAGGGAGCCCCUUGGAAAGCUUUCGUCUCUAUUUAAACUCCUGGUGAUGUUAAUAAACUCUUUCCAUGCGUUCAGUUCCAACGAAAUCUGUGCAGAAGCAUUGGUCUCUGUUGGUCCUUCAAUUAUUGCUAUUCUUCACAACAUCAUCAGCCAUGUUUCAUUGCCUUCGGUGAUUGGGACGAUGUUCGCAAUUUUUUCAAAGCCACUGGCAGUGUUUUAUGAAAAAGCAAAGCUUGCUGAUGUACCUAAAGCAUACAGUAAUCUUAACAACAAGCUUGAAAAACUCCUGGCUGAGAUAAUUCUGUGUUUGCAGUCUCACUGCACUGGCUCUUACGACAGCGAGCUGCUAGAGCACCUUUCUCCGUUGCUCUGCAUAAUGUUUCAGCAUAAGAGCAAGCAGAUCCGCAAACAGUGUGCCCAGUUCUGGAACGCAACAUUUGCUAAGACUGCAUCACUGACAUACCCUGAAGAAUUAAAAUCUGUGUUAAGCCAAGCCAAACAGAAAAUUCCCCUCCUGCUGCCUGGCUUUGAAAGCGUUGAAAUAGCUGAAGAACAUAGCGCGCCAUUCUCUGAGGAGAUGGAAAAUUCACAGUGGGAUGCAAAGAUGAGUGGGAUGGAAGUGAAUCUGGGUCGAAAACGAGACUCCAUAUUGGCUCAGACAAGUGAACUAAAAGACAAGUCCAGUAAUGUGCAAGUAACUCCUGCAAAGUUAAAACUAGAGUUUUCGUCUUCGAAGGCUAAAAGUGAGAUCCUUCUGGAAGAAGAGAAAUCUGUUGAUUUUGUAUUCAUUCCUCCAGAAACAAAACCAAGAAUACUGACAGAACAUCAAAAAGAAGUGCUCAGGUCAAAGAGAGUUGGUAUUCCUGCUAUGUACAACAAUUUAGACACUUCGCAAGAUACUACCUUAUUUUCUCAGUAUACUCAGAGCCAGGAAGAUUCUCUGGAAAAGCCAUCUUUAAUAGAAAAUGCAAAAGAAGAUAAUAAAAACAAUUCUCAGGAAGAAAACAAGAGUGAAGGAUGCAUCGCUAAAUCAGGUGAAAUCACGGGGGACUGCAAAUCAGAGAACUCUCUUGAGGAUGUGAGAAAGAAGUCUGUUACUCACAUGGAGAGCGACUCAACUGUAAAUAGUGAGGGGGAGUCAAAAAGUGAUACGGCUGAACCGAUGCAGGAGGAGCCAGCCGUUGGAGAGGGGUUAGAAAAAAGUGCUACAGAAACAGUUUCAAAGGAGUCCUUGGUGGUAAACGGCGACACUUCAAAUGUCAGUAGCAGUUCGACUUCAAGUGAUGUAAUUUCUGGAACUCCCCAGCCUGCAAGCCGACGGCAAUCUUUUAUUACUUUGGAGAAAUUUGACAGUUCAGAGAACAGACCCUUCAGCGUUUCGGCGUUAAACAGUCUAUCAGAGAUGUCCGGAAGCUCUUCUGUGCCAUAUAAACAGGAAAAUACGAACAUGUGCAAGACUGGUACGAAACUAGAAAAAUCUAGAGAAGAGAACAAAAAUUCUUCACAGUCUGAACAAAUACUUACUGCAAUACGGAGGCUAACUCGCAGGCAGAGUAAAAUGGAGCAGCUAGGAAAUAAGCAUUCCAGGUUAAAUAGGUCAGAACAAGAGAAAAGUGCACAAGAGUCUGUUUCCAACAGUAUGGAAGCUAGUCCUGAACUGUCUCCUGCCGUGGAGGACACGGAAUGUGUUCUCACUGCUCAGUCCCAAGCUCUCAGUUCUACAGAAGCAGAAAUUAAAGAAGUUGAAGAUACACUAGCAGAAAUAGAAAGGGUUCGGGCUUUAGAUAUGGAUUCAAAAGAAAAUACACCCCCAGAGGCAGCUGGUUCGUCUGACCAGGUAACAGAUGAUGAUAAUCAUGUCCCACACGUGUCACCUACUCAGAAAACACUAAGACGUUCUUCGAGGCGGCGGUCAGAAAACGGAGAAGUGUCAGUGGGUAGUCAAGAUAAGGAAGAUGGCCACCAGAAAAAAGACAAACGGAAAGAAGAUGAAAAAUCCCUGCAAAAGAAGUUGCCACAGACUAAAGACGAUGUAUCCCAAAAGCAGAAAGCAGCGUCUGGGAAACCAACAGACACUGCAAAUAGAAGAGAAAGCAGCCUGCCCGAGAGAACUGCUGCAGAGGACUCUGGCUCAGUGGGUCUUGAGGAGGAGAACAAAAGCACUAGGAAGUCAGAAGAUAAAUUGAAGACAGACAUGGAAGGUCAAGACUGUAGCUCAGGUACAAUAGGCGAGAAGAAAAAGGAACGCCCACGAUACCAUACAAGAAGAAGCUCACAAGGAUUGCUUUCCAGCAUAGAAAAUUCAGAGGCUGAUGGCUGUGAGACCAAGGAGGAAAGCGUAAAGAAGAGAAAACCUGGAAAAGUGAAAACCAGAAGUGAUUCUCUUGAAGGUAAACUGAAAGACCUACAGCCAGGAAGCCAUGGCCAGGAGGUGUCUUCCCAAGAAAACGAAAGUAAAAAUCUGUUGGAAGCAAAUAGAAGCGAGCUAAGUGAUGAAAUCAGCACAGACAUGUCAUCGUCUGAACCACAGAACCUGAAAAAGGACCUGAAAAAUGAAGUAAUUUUGACAGAUGCUGGUGAAGCAGGGGGAUCUGCCUGCCCAGAGACUUCACCUGAUACUCAGAGCACGUGUGGGGAACAGACCAAGACCGGGGUGGUGACAGAAUCUUUCACCGAGCCGUGUGUGUCUGAAGUUCUGAAAGCAGGAGGGGAAAACACAGGUGUGGAAGGGCAAAGGAAUGCAGAAGACCGUUCAAGUGUUCUGCCUGAAUAUGUACAAGGAGCGAGUGCUUCAAGUAACGGGCCUUCCUCUUUGCAAGUACCUGAGUGUCAGCACAAGAGAAGCAAAAGGCAGAGAAAACUAAGGAGCUGCGACUGCUGUUACACAAAGGCAAAGCAGCCAGUAAUGUCAUUCACGGAGCUGAAAACCGAGGACAGCCCUGACCCCCGUGAGCCCCGAACCACCCCGGUUCAGACAGCUGCAGAUACAGCAGAGAUGUCUGCUAGCUCCAGUUUUGAGGAGAGCUUGGCCAUGGCGCCUUGUGCAAUGAGCACACCGCGGCUUCCUUGUAAGGACGCCAGUGUGUUCAACUUGAAAAGAGAGGGAAUGUCUGAAGAUAACCUGCAAGGGAAUGGUUGCAGUAUGGAGGAGGAGAAUCCAGCACUUGUAGCAGGUGAACCUGAUGAUUCCAUAAUGGAAAUAAAAGUAGAUAUUGAUGAGAAUGACGGAACAGAACAGGGCGUGUCCGAGUGUGCUUCGGAUGAGCCUGCAGACAGCUGUCUGGCUGCAGGGCAUCAAAGUGAAAAACCAGGAGCUACAGUAAAGGAAGAAGAAAAGGAGAAUGGACCAAUGGAGGAGACACCUGGGGCACUGAGUGGUGUUAGUGGGCCUGAGAGAGAACAGAUGAAUGAACUAGAAAGCAAUCAGGAUGAUAAAGAGCCAGCUGAGAACGCUGUAGCAGAGAGUUGUGCUGUUCUAGAUAAAGAGAUGAAAGAGGAACUGAUAGAAGCUGAAAUUACAGUGCCUGAAAAUGUGGCUGUAGAUGAUAAAGGUGUAGCAGAAAAUAACAACGUGGAUUCACCUCAGAAGCCAGAAAACCUCGAUUCUUUUGUUGUAGUAAACGAAAGCCCUAACGGUAUGCAGGCACGCUACAUGUGGUCUCCUUCGGCUUCUCCAUCCACCAGUAUUUUAAAGAGAGGUGUGAAAAGAAAUCAAGACGAUGAUUCCCUGUCACCUGCUAAUAAGAUCCGUCGUGUCUCUUUUGCAAAUCCCAUUUAUCAAGAAGGACUGGCAGAUGACAUAGACAGGAGGAGCCCUGUCAUUAGAUCCCAUUCUUCACCAUCUUCACGAAGUCUGAAAAUCUUAUCUACCAUUCAGGCUAAGCACAUUACCACUCCAACCAAAGGAUUUCUGUCCCCAGGAUCUCGUAACCCUAAAUUUAAGAGCUCAAAGAAGUGUUUAAUCACAGAAAUGGCGAAGGAAUCACUGCCUUCUCCUACAGAAUGCGUGUAUCCUGCCUUAGCUGGCUGUAAGGCACCCGUUGAUGUAAUUUUACCUCAGAUUACCUCAAACAUCUGCGCAAGAGGCUUGGGGCAGCUCAUUCGAGCAAAGAACAUUAAGACAGUGGGUGAUCUGAGUACUCUGACGGCAUUAGAGAUCAAAACUCUUCCCAUCCGUUCUCCUAAAGUGUCCAAUGUUAAAAAAGCUCUUAAAGGAUAUCACGAGCAGCAGGUAAAAUCCCGAGGGUGUGAGGAGUUGGUAGUGCUUGAAGAUGCGGAGAAGACAGUAAACAACGCAGAGGAUAAAUCUAUUGAUGAGGAGAAACUUGCAACAGAUUUGAUUGAACCGGUUGUCUUGAAUGCAAACGGCCAGCCCACAGCAGAUCUUCUGAGCCAGAUCGAUGCACUUGCUGCUCAGCUGACCUCUGAAGUUCUCUAUGGCUAUUCAGGAAGCCAGCUCUUUGAGAUGCAAGAAAAACUUGCGGGCAUGACAAACUGUAUCAUGAAAAACCUGCAGUCCCGCUGGAAAUCGCCCCCCCACGACAGUUCUGAUUAGUUGCUUAUCAUUCCUAGUUAAGGAGGAUUUUGUUACAAUUUUUCCAAAAAAAUUUAGCUUUCUUACUGGUGAAUUAAUCCUUAAAGUGUAUGUUUUGUACUAUAGAAAAUUUUUUUUAAAAAUCUAUAUGAACAAAAUAUAUCAUGAUUUUUCUUUUUUUUUUUUAACUUGUGGGAUUGCCUAUCCCCCGUUGGAGGUAUUUGUAUUGUAUUGCUAUGCAUCUUUCUUUCAGGUGGCGAAAGAAGACUUGAUAAAGGUGUGCAAUAGCAAAGACUGUGAAACCAAACUAACAGAGUAGUUAAAUUAUUUUUUCAAAUCCGAAGUGUUCUUACGACUGCCAACUCUGUGGUGGGAGAUCGAUCUCGCAGCUCUGCUCGUAUGCUUCCCAGGUCUGUUUCCUUUGGAGUCACUGAAACUCUUCAAUGCUGUGGGAUGUUGGGUUAAGCUGUGCUUAGUUCCUUGCAGUGGCAGCAGUCCAAAACCCCGGUGUCCUAGAAGUGGAUGGCAUCUCUGUGCAUGCCUUGUUACCAGAAUCCCACUAAGAAGCUGACCAUAAAACGCACCCCGGCAAGUGAGAGACUUUGCAAAACUUCUCAGGCUUUGCUGUGCUCUAACGGCUUUGUUUGCAGCAGUCCUCCCCUGGUGAAGACCUUUUCCUUUUGUGGAAGUGAGUGGAUUUGACUUGGGUUCUUUGUAUAUUAUGUACAGACUUAUAACUGCAAAUGUUGAUUAAUAAUUUAUGAUGGAGCUUUAAUUGCAUGGAAUGCAUUGCUGCUUCUCAGAGACCUUCAGAGUUCUUGGGUUUUACUCCUGAAAUCUAAUCUGUAUAUAUUGGACACUUAUGGAGAGGAAUUGCUGCAGGAACUGCUAAUUGUUUUUAGAACUUACAUACGUGCAAAUAAAACAGCAAUUAGUUCC